CCGAAAAUCUAAUGACCUAAUAUUUAGCAUCCACCAUCAUUUACUGCUCGCAUUCGCCAGAUUGAAACGCUUUAAUGUACACUGUGUAAUUAUCACAGAGGAGUUUAGAGAUUAGCCGAAAAUGAACGGCGUUUUCACGUUUGGGUUUGAAAAAAGAACACACACAGUUUGCCUUUGUUCAUUUUACACGACUUGUGUUUUAUUUUGACGUAGUUGUUUAUUGCCUAACACGGCUAGCACUGGCUAGCAACUUAGCGGAACAACCGAGCGGGGACGCAGCGCAGUUUAACCAAGUGAAGAAGAGAUGCUAGUGACCCAUACAAGGGUACCCAUGCAAACUUUAGCUGCAAAUGUUUGUCGAUGAAAAGUAUGCUGCCGGUCACAACUCAAAGAAACGUGUGUUUUCUCCGCUUGCCUACAAAGUCUAGGAUUGUGAUUUACCCAAUUGAGUGCAAACUUGCUUCUACGACCUCGCCAGUGAGAUUCCAGAACAGCACCAAAGCUAACUGAUGUUAGCAUUCAAGCUACAUUCACUACCACGGAGCCAUUGCAUGAAGCCGGGAAACGAUUUUUGGGGACUGGCUUUUCGACAUGUGUUUGUGCUUAACAUCUUCCCGACGCCGUAUAACCACUUGAUACUGAGCGCCGGUCGUCGGUUCGGUUGGUGACUGACUGUCCAUCUGGUUGAAGAGCUAGCACAGCCUUUGCCUUCCGCCACCGUGCACUUCCCCCACUCCCACGGCAACCGGCUAACCGAAGCGUUAGUCCGGUACUUAAAAUGAAGCGACCAUCCGCAAUUCUGGACUUUGUGGGGCUCUUUGGAUUUUGCUGAUGCACGAGGAGACGAUACCGUUUUUGUGAGAUCUCUGUCACAGAGAUCAAAGCGAGCGCAGGGAAUGGAUGAGCAGAAAUCAAACUGCGAAGAAAAUGACUCUGAACCAGCAGCUGAUGAUAGUGCUUCUGCAAAGCAGCCUGUCUUACCUGAGGAGUUGUCCAAAGGCUCUGCAGCUCAUGAUGAGUCUGACGUCUCUUCUGCCUCAUCUUUGGAGAGUAUCCGUGUCUGUGCGCUUUGUAACUGUUUGGAGCGCAGCUUACAUGGACAGCGGGAACUGAGAUAUUUUGAGCUGCCGUUUGAGCGGCCAGCCCACAAGAGAUCAGCUUCCCAGCUGCCAAAGCCCGGAAAUGAUGACCUGUCUUCCAUUGGAUUUUCUGACUCUCCUUGUCUGAGAGCGCUCCUUGAUGACUCAGGGGGUUGUUGGGUUCAUCAUUGGUGUGCAGCGUGGUCAGAGGGGGUAAACCUGACGGAGAAUGAGGAACUGGAGAAUGUGGAUAAGGCUAUUAUCUCAGGGACUCAACAAAUUUGUGAAUAUUGCAAAAGGUUUGGUGCAACUAUACGAUGCCACAUAGAGGGCUGCACUCGAUUCUACCACUUCCCGUGUUCUGCAGCCAGCGGAUCCUUUCAGUCUAUGAAAGAGUUACUCCUUCUCUGCCCGGAGCACAUCAAUAAGGCAGAGGAGUUAGCUGGGGAGGAUUCUUGGUGUGCAGUGUGUGACUCUGCAGGCGAUCUGACCGACUUGCUUUUCUGCACGGGUUGUGGCUUACAUUAUCAUGCAACCUGCUUGGACACUGGUGCCACGCCAAUUCUGCGAGCGGGAUGGCAGUGUCCAGAGUGUAAAGUGUGUCAGACUUGCAGGCAACCAGGAGAAGACUCCAAAAUGUUGGUGUGUGAUUCUUGUGAGAAAGGGUGCCACACCUUCUGUCUUCAGCCAGCCAUGGAUUCUGUUCCAACUGACCGCUGGAAAUGCAGAAGUUGCCGUGUGUGUAUGGAGUGUGGUGUUCGUGGGCUGGUGCUGCCCGGGACGACCCAGUGGUUUGAGAACUACACCUUGUGCGAGGGCUGCCAGCAUCACCGCAGCUCAGUUUGUUGUGUUUGCAGCAAAUCUGACAACCCGCCUGUCAGCCUCCAGUGCUGCAGCCUCUGUCACAGAUGGAUGCACAGCGAAUGUUCUUCUCUCACGGAGAGUUCCGACGCCAAGGCUGUUUGCCUGCUUUGCAAAGAGGAUCAGCAGCCUGUUGCUAAACCCUGCUUGAUGGAGGUGCAGACCAGCGAGGAGACGACAAUCCAAACAGGUGCUGACACUGUCACUGAAGACGAGGAGGAUUUAGUCAAAGAGAAGCCAGAACAGAAAAGAACCUUGGAAACGGAUCAGUCAGGAGAUGAGCCUGAAAAAGAGACACCUAUGGAUUUGGGGGUGGAUUCUUCAGCUAUUAAAGAACCACAUGUUGAGGACAGAACAGUGGAGAGGAAGCCACGCGUGACAACGGAAGGGAGUGCAACAACGGAGCCGUGUCUUCCUGCCGCUGAAGAUAAACCAGGAGAGCUUCUUAGCCACACCAAUCCAGCCACUGCUCCUACCAGCCUCAAAGUGGAGUCGAAUGAGGGCCUCAAACCAACACCAGCAUUAAAUCCAGAUCCUGGAGAAGAUGAGAUGGAGACAGAGGAGGAAAACCCAGAGACUAUUCCAAUGGUUAAGCAGGAAACGUCACAUGAGCUGCUAAAUAGUGAAUCUGGGGACACGACUGAAGUGCAACCAUCUAGAAAAGGUUCUUUCAAGUCACCAACUUCAUCAACGGACAAACCGGAACUUUUGUCCAUGAAUUACACACAGGAGAGAAGUCUAUACCAAGGCUCCCAGUCUCCUAAUCUAGUAGACUCCCAGGAAGCAGUCUCUGCUGUGGACAUGGAAGGAAGUUUACCCCCUCAAUCUGAGGAAGAGGAGGAUGAAGAGGACGACGAGUCAAUUAAAAGACACGGUGUGGAUUUAAAGCUUCAUGAGGUUAAAUCCGAGCUGUUACUGGAUGAAAUGUCCAGCAUUAGCCACGGAGACGAGAGCAGCAGCGGCUUCCUGGGCUCUCCAGGAGAACCCGAUCUUCAGCUUUCCAUGGAGCCCGGCCUCGUUCCUGGUAGCCGCUCUCAUGGGGAUAACUUGCUCACCGAGACCGACGACUCGCUUCCGUUUGAACCGCUCAGAAGUGACCGAGAGAAGGCGAGGCGUAGAGGAUCUCCAGGUCGCUCCAGGGUCAAACAGGGUCGAAGCAGUAGUUUCCCUGGAAAGCGCCGACCUCGCGGUGGUGGUGCAGGCAGAGGGCGUGGUGGGAGGUCCCGUCUCAAAGCUAUGGCUUCCUGCAUUGAUGCCUUCUUGCUAAGCAUGACCUCAGACACUGGAAUAAGUAAGGAGGAAGAUGAUGAAGAAGAUGACACCAUGCAGAACACCGUAGUUCUUUUCUCAAACACGGAUAAAUUUGUCCUGCUGCAGGACAUGUGCGUCGUGUGCGGCAGCUUCGGAAAGGGCGCGGAGGGGCAGCUGCUAGCUUGUGCUCAGUGUGCUCAGUGUUACCACCCUUACUGUGUGAACAGCAAAAUCACCAAGACGAUGCUGCGUAAGGGCUGGCGCUGUCUGGAAUGUAUUGUUUGUGAGGUGUGCGGGGAGGCCUCCGACCCUUCUCGUCUGCUGCUGUGUGACGACUGCGAUGUCAGCUAUCAUACUUACUGCUUGGAUCCACCCCUGCACACUGUACCAAAGGGGGGUUGGAAGUGCAAAUGGUGCGUGUGCUGUGUCCAGUGUGGUUCCAACUCACCAGGUUUCCACUGUGAGUGGCAGAACAAUUACACUCACUGUGGUCCGUGUGCCAGCCUGGUUACUUGUCCAGUUUGCAGAGAAAACUUCAUGGAGGAAGAGCUGCUGCUGCAGUGUCAGUACUGUGAUCGAUGGGUCCAUGCUGUUUGUGAGAGCUUAUAUACAGAGGAUGAGGUGGAACAAGCGUCUGAUGAGGGCUUUGCGUGCACGUCCUGCACUCCUUAUGCUCCAAAACCAGCUGUGGAGUCGGCCAUUAUGGCUUCAAUAAAGAUUAAGGAGCCGGAACCCCAGUUCUAUCGGUUAGAGGGCGUGUGGCUGACCGAGUCGGGCAUGUCCCUGCUCCGCAGCAUCUCCAUGUCCCCUCUGCAUAAGCGCCGUCAGCGCCGCUCCCGUCUCGGCACUUUGUGUUGUGAAGGAGGUUCUGACGGAAUGGAUCUAAGGGAAGUUGAAGGAGAUGGAGAGGAGGGAAAAGGCUGCGGGGAACCCAUGGAAUGCGAGUCCAAACUGGACAAUCCGGGGAGUCCUGAAAGAGAGGGGGGUGACAGGGAUGCAGGCGCCGAGGGAGGCACAGAAGGCAUGGCGGACUGCGAUGGUCUCAAAGGAGCAGAGGAGACGGAAGACAGCAAAAAAAGAAAAAGGAAACCUUACAGGCCUGGGAUUGGAGGCUUCAUGGUGCGACAAAGGAAAUGUCACACGAGGAUGAAGAAGGAGUUCUUUGCCCAGCUGGCUGGAGAGACCACUUUAGAUGGACAGCCAAUAGAACGAACCAUUGAAGAAGGCCCCCAUCCUGACAUAGAUAAUAUAUUAGAUCCUAAAGCAGCAGAGGGCGAGGAGCAAGCCAAGAAGCGCCGGGGCCGAAAGAGAGGCAAACUGGAAGACAUGUUUCCAUCGUACCUGCAGGAGGCUUUCUUUGGGAAGACACUAAUUGAUUUCAGUAAGAAAGCUGUGAUGGUCGUCCCUGGACAGAGGCCGAGCGCGUGCCCCGUCCGCCCUUCUUUACCAGCAGCUGUCAGAAACGUCUCGUCAGACACUGAGACCAAGGAUUCCAUGGUGGAAUGUGGUUUUCCUCUAAAGCAAGAGGGGUGUGAUCCCCCACAAGCUCAUGGGGACCGCACGGGAAUCUCAACACCCUCCUCAUCUUCAAGAGAGCCAAUGUCGACUGAUGCUCAGGACUGCGAUGCAGAAAAAAGUGACGGGCUUCCACACACAGUUGAGAGUGAAGACUCGGAGCGCUUCUUCAAGAAGGUUCUGGGAGUUCCUGAUGGUUCUUCUUUAGGGGGUAUGAAGCCCAUCCUGGAGGGCAGUAAGGGAGACCUGAACCGCAGUUCCCUGCCACAGAGAAUCCUUCCUUCAGGGUCUCUGCCCUCAGCUGGAAUGAUGGAUGGAUUUCCUGGCCUCUCUCAGCCUCCCUUCUUUGACAUGAGGGACAGAGGAGGACUGUUCAGUCCAGAUGGGGGAGAGGAGAGCCCCUGGGCAACUCCUUCUACCCCUGCAACCCCUUCCUCCCCACCCACUCCCACGGAGGCAGAAGGCGAUGGGCUUUCCUACAACCAACGCAGCCUUCAGCGCUGGGAGAAAGACGAGGAACUGGGCGAGUUCUCCACUAUAUCCCCUGUUCUUUAUGCCAACACCAACUUCCCGACUCUGAAACAGGACUAUCCAGAUUGGGCGAGUCGCUGUAAGCAGAUCAUGAAGAUCUGGAGGAAAGUAUCAGCUGCUGACAAGGUUCCAUAUCUACAAAAGGCCAAAGAUAACCGGGCAGCUCAGAGGAUCAGCAAGGCGCAGAAGCAGGCAGAAAGUCAGGUCUGCAGGCCGAUCAAGACAGAGCCAGGCCGUACAAAGGGAGAACGCCCCAACUUGCAUCUCCAAAUCCCUCCGCCGUCUGGAUCUACAUCCGUUUCUUCCCAGCCGAGCUCUGCAGAGAGCCCGUUUCCUUUUCCUCCGGAUUCAGGAUCAUCCUCCGUCUUUUUCUCAGAUGGAUCUAUGAAGACCCCGUUGUCAGCUGAGAUCCGAGCUGAUCCCUUGGCCAAACUUCCUCCCCAGUCGCCCCACUCUCACUCGUAUCCAUCCACGCCAUUCUCUCACGCUGGGGCCAGCCCCUUACAGGCUUCUUCCUCAGGUUAUUCAGCAUGUGGCCCUCAGGGUCCUCCUCAGGGACGGUCAGCCAGCGUCGGCUCUUUUGAAAUGCAACCAGGAACUCCUGGAACCCCAAGACGGGCUCAGCAGGUUGACCCCUACUUCAGAUCCCAGCUGCAGCAGCAAUCACAGCAAGGCUCUCAGGAGUCCAUCGGACCUCAUGAAAGUCACCAUGCAAGAGCUCCUGGAGUUGGGGACUUACCCAUUUACUCACCAUCUCAAAAUGCACCCUAUGGAGACUGCUUCAGAGCCCAGCAGGGAAUGGGUCAGUCGGAAUUUGCUCCAUCUUCAUCUCCGUCUGCUGUACCGUCCUCACCUGCGAGUACAGGAGCAUACAGGGCUGAUCUGAGUGUACCUUCUCCACACUCUUCUGCUGCUGGAAGACCUGAGCUUUCCACUGACUCUCCAGCUGGAGCUCUGGAGUCUGGGGAUGGUUUAUUCAAGGCUCCCAUGACACCCAGAAUGCAUCAGGGGGAGAGUGGGGCCCUUCAUCCUGGAGCUUCCCCAAGCCAUUCUGAGGGCUACAGACAGUCCCCCUCCCACACUGACCCUCAUGCUCCAUCAGCACCAACUCCCAGACCACAGUCGGUUGAUAACUGCUCCGUUGGGCCCCAAAGGCACCCAGCAGCUCAACAGGAUCUGGGUUGUGCCAGAGUACCCUCGAGUCCACAGUCCAGGAGCAAUUCUCAGUCCCCCCACACCCCUGGGGGCAUGUCCAAUGACGGUUACCACGCCAGAUCUCCUGCUACCCCUCGUUUCCACUCCCCAGACCCCUGUUCUCAGCCACCAUCAAGACCACAGUCCACAGAUCCUUUCACUUCCAUUCACAAACCGCCUCGCCCGCCGUCUCAGACUCAAGAGGGAGCUCCAAGCUACAAAACCUCCCCUCAUCCCCACCAACCCCCUUCAGCCAACUCUGCCAAUACUUCCACUGGAGAUCCCCUCUCUGGGAAACCGUCAGCACCCCCAGCUUUCAGCCGCAGCCCCACUGCAGGCAACUUCCAGAUUACCCAGCAGCAGACGACACCAGGUCAGUCUCCACAACCUCAGGUCACAUUAGGAGCAGACAGCUCCAGAGCGCCCCCUUCUGGAGAUCCAUCUGUCCAUCCCCCCGACUCCGCUCAGCAGCCCUCUUUGCCGAGCUCUCAAGAAAUGCCAGACAUGUCUCCAGCACAGGACCCGUCAUUAGUGGGGCUCAGCCCAUCUGAGCUGGAGAAACACAAACAGCGUCAGAAACUUCGGGAAUUCAUAAUCAGGCAGCAAAUGCAGAAAAACUCCAUGAGACAAGAGCGUGAGGCCGCUGCUGUUUCUGCUGCUGCUGCAGCCGCUGCUGCAGCUGGAAACACCUCACCUGGCUGGUCUGCAGGAGAAAUGGGAUCCUUUGGGCAAGAGAAGACCCACAGAGCACCACCACCUUACCCACAGGAUCGUGUUGCUGCUGCAGCUUCUGGAGGUCAGACUUCAGUGGUGGGGAAAAUGCCAAUGCCUAUAGAAGGUAUAGAUGAUAAGCUCAUUCGUCCAUCACUGGUGACAGCACCGGGUGCUGUGGAUCCUACUGCCCUCAGGCUACCAGGCCCCACAAGACCUCAGGGUAUGUUUCCUCGUCCACCGUUCCACCCUCAAUGGCAAGGCCAAGCCCCGGGUCAAAGGAGGUUCCCUCAGCCUGGCAUGGACUCGAUGGCCGUAAGGCAUAACCUCAACCCAGCUGUUAAUAUCCAGGGGGUGGAAGGCAUGGGUAACCCUCACUCCAUGAUGCCAGGACACGGCGAGACCAUGCAGCCAUUGGGUCAAGGCCCCCCGCCACAGUUCAUUGAACUAAGGCACAACGCACAAAGAUUACCUUUGCGUCCACAGUUUAUGCCUCGUGGACCUCAGCCAAGACCGCGUCUCUUUAUCCCUCAACAAGAGAUGAAUGCAGCGUAUGUUCAGCAACAUCCCAUAGCCCAAGCUGGUGGCAUUCAAACAGAGGGAGGUGAUGGCUCCAAGCUGGAAAUGCCACAGGGUGGUCUGUCCGUUUUGCUGCCUCAGCAGUCUGCGGGUAUUGUGUCGCAACAGCCUCACUUUCAGCAUCAUCCCACUUCUUCCAGCUCGAGUGCUGCCGGUAGCGAGCAGCAUCCGCUUGCGCGGACGGGCUUAGGGGCGCAGCACCAGCCUGCGGCUGUACAGAGCAGCGAGGAGCUACCAGAGCCGGAUCUUGAGGGACUCGGGGAGGCUGCUGGGGAUGAGGGCGUGGAAGACGAGGACGAUCUGGCCCUCGACUUGGAUCCUGAUAAAGGAGAUGACGAUUUGGGAAAUCUGGGCAAUCUCGAAACCAAUGACCCACAUUUAGACGACUUGCUCAACAGUGACGAGUUUGAUCUGCUUGCUUACACCGACCCUGCGUUGGACCAAGCGGACCCUAAAGAUGCGUUCUCAGACCAGCUGAGGCUGGUGGAAGCAGAAAGUGAAGCACCUUCAUCUUUGUCUGGAGCUACUCAAGUGAAGCUGGAGGACAAAGUCAAAGUUGAGCAGGGGCAGAAAUCUUUAACCAAACCAAUGUCAAAUACUUCCAAGGUCAAGAUAGAGGGGAGGGGUCUGACCCCUCAGCUUCAGCCGGGGCAGACUAUGGUGAAAGAAGAAAUGGGAAAUGCCGUGUCGGCUCUUCUUGGGAGGACCACACCGACGUCCAAGACGCCGCAAGCGGAGCAGCAGCCCGCCUCACUCGGCUCUGUUCGGUUAGGCGGAGUUCCGUACCCUUUGCCAGGUCAGCGGGACGCUUUUCCUCCUGGUGCCUCACACGGAGAUAUCUGUGAUGAUCCACUGGGACUACCGGAUGUUGGAGGCCAGGAUUCUCCUGCAGUAGAUCUGGCAAAGGUCGAGAGUUCUUUAGAUGGCGAAUUGCCUCUUCUCAUACAAGACCUUUUGGAGCACGAGAAGAAAGAACAACAGAAACAACAGCAGCUCACCUCCCUUCAUCAUGGAGGCAUGGCUCCUCAUUUUCCUGGAAUCUCCAGUCAACACCCAAACCCACAAGUACCUGGCCAGCUAAUGCUGCAGCACCAACAUCGCCCUCCACCGCAGGGGCUGAUGGCACAGCCCGGACUGGCGCCUCGAGCUCCAAACAUGUUGCAGCAGCAGCACCAUCAGCAGAGGUUCAUGACUCCUGGGAUGGGGCCUCAGGCUCACAUGCCCAUGCCUCCACAGCAGGGUAUGAUGAGAGCGGCACAGCCAGGGAUCCAUCCCGGUCUUGCUCAUCAACCGCAGGGGGUGGUCAAACAGUCGCCUCUGGCAAACAGUUUCUUCCCAGAUAAAGAUUUGGACAAAUUUACCGAUGACAUUAUGGAUCCAAUUGCCAAAGCUAAGAUGGUGGCACUGAAGGGUAUCAAGAGAGUGCUGACUCAGGAUCCGAUGGUUGUAACGCCCGGAAUGAACAGGCAACAGGUUUCUCUUCUUGCUCAGAGGCUGGCUUCUGCUCCUGGUACAGAUCCAGCUCAGGGUGCAGCUGGACCAUCAAAGGACGGAGAAGCGAGUGAUCCUUCUCAGUCGAGACCGAAUCCUCCUCAGUUUGUCCAAGGAAUAAUCAAUGAAGCAGAACAGCACCAAUACGAAGAAUGGCUCCUCCAUACUCAGCAGUUGCUACAAAUGCAGCUGAAGAUUUUGGAAGAGCAGAUCGGCGUUCACAGAAAGUCCCGGAAGGCCCUGUGUGCCAAGCAGCGCACCGCUAAGAAAGCCGGAAGGGAGUUCGCCGAAGCGGACGCGGAAAAACUAAAGCUGGUUACAGAAGAACAAAGCAAAAUUCAGAAACAACUGGAUCAGGUGCGAAAGCAACAGAAGGAGCACACCAAUCUGAUCGCAGAGUACAGAAGUAAGCAGCAGCAGCAUCAGCAGGGCUCCGGUCUUCUUACUCCGGGUCAUUCUGCACAAGGCGGACCCUCUCACAUGUUUCCAAAAAUGCCAGGCCAGAUGGUGAUGGGCCAGCAGGGAGCGCCGGUGAUGGGCCAGCAUCCUGGCAUAAUGGCUCAAGGCGGAAUGCCUUUGAGAAUGCCACAAGGACAGCCCUUUAUCGGAGGAGCUCAGCCACAGCAUCCUGCUGCUCUUGGAGCCAACGUUCCCAGAGUCCCAGGUCCUGGAGCUCCACCUGGGUUCUUCCCACAAGCACCUGGAAUGCCAGGCGCAGACCCCAGGAUUCUUCAAGAACGACAGCUUCAGCACAGGAUGCAGAUGGCCAAGCUUCAGCAGCAGCAGGCGAUGAUGGGUCAACAGCCGAUGCCCCAACAGGUUCAACACCCAAACCAGCAGGCUGGUUUAAUCACCCAGCCACAACCGGCAAUGAUGGGAAAUCAACUCAUGGUCCAGCAACAGGCGAACUGUCAGCAGGGAAUGCAUGCUAAUCAGACCAAUCAGCAAAGCAUGGUGCAGGUCCAACAGGGAAUGGUUCCGAGUCAGUCACAGCAGAACCUUGUCGGAGGUCAGCUUAGCAACCAUUCUCAAGUCACGAUGGCGCCUCAGCGAGGCGUCAUGGGGAACCACUCUGCACAGCAGCUCAGACCUCAGCUGAUGAUGGCACAGCAGGGUAUGGUGGGCGCUCCACGCCAGCCUGGACUCAGAGGACCCCGGCCUCAUCUGAUCCCUCAACAACAGAACAUUCUGGCCCAACGCAUGCUGGCAUCUCAGCAGCAACAGAACAACCUAAACCAUCUCCAGCAGCAGCAGAUGUCCCAGCAAAGCCACCCGGCACAAAUGAUCAGUCAGUCCAGUCAAGAGCAAGAGGGACCCUCCCAGCCCUCUACCCCGCAGAUCGGCUCCCCGCCCUCGGCUGGAAGCAAUACUCCCCAGCAACAGGGUUCCUCUGAAAACUCUGGAUCCAAAGAGGGGGGAAUCCUCAGUCCAGAGUCAAGAACCCCGCAGCACAGCGGGCCACCCACUCCCAUUCAGAUGUCUCAGCAAGCUUCUUUAAACGAGAACCAGUCUGAUAUCAGCCAACAGCAGCAACAUCAAAACCAGGUGCACGUUACCCAGCAUCACCCUCAGUCUGCUCACGAGCAGCAAGCAGGAAUGUCGGGAAACGUGUCUCAGGAACAGCUGUAUCAAGUUCCUCUGACUCAGCAGAGGCAGGCCUCCCUCAGUGCUGACAAACCUGCACUGAUGACCAUUAAAGAAGAAGGCAAACCAGCGGAUUUCAUCGCUCAACAGAAAAGCGUUCAAAACGCUGCAGAGCAGUCACACGGCUCCACCAUGCAGCAGCAGGUCAUGGGUCAGAACCAUCCGGGUCAGCCACAGUCUGCUCCAAUGGGCCUUAACCCACAGCAGCAAGCUCUCAUGGCCCAGCAGAAGCAACAGGCCAUGAUGGGCAUGAUGCGGGCUCAGCAGCAGGGGAUGAUGAUGCAGAGGCCCAUGGUUCCACCAGGACAGAUCCGAACCCCCAUCAACAUCCAGGCCAUUCUGGCUCAGAAUCCUCAGCUCCGCAACCUUCCCCAAGCCCAACAGAUCCAGCACAUUCAGGCCAUCAUCGCGCAGAGGCACCUCCACCAGGGCCAGAUGCUGCGAAUGUCAGUGAGUCCAGGCCAGCCGGGUCAGAUGAGACCACAAGUACCUCCAGUUGGGCAGCAGAUGAUGGGGAUGGAAGGCCGUCACUUGCCAUACGGAGGCGCAGUGCAGCCAGGAGCACCGGUAAGUCAGCAAGCGUCGGGAAUGUUUGGGCAGCAGCCUAAUGCUGCUCCUCAGAUGCAGCAGGAGAUGAUGAUCCCUGUCCAGCAGCCGCCACAAACGGGGGAGAUGAUGCAGCCACACAUGAGAGACCAGGUACCCCGUUCUCCAAUGGAUCAGAGCCGGAUGAUGAGCUCAGCCUCUCCACGAAACCCAUUAACCAACUCUCCCGGAGAUCCACGACACACUUUCAAUCAAGCCAUGCGGUCACCCACUCCCAAUCAAAACAAACCGCAAACACUAAUUGCAGCUGCAGGAGGGCGCGCGCAGGGCUCUCCGUCUCACGCAUAUUCUCCCAGAGUUCCCUUUGGCAUGAGCCCAGUCCACCCAUCGUCUCCUCAUUCAUCUCAUGUUUCCUCACCCUCUGGAGCUGGAAGGGGAAGUCCAUACAGCCAAGUCAAGGCCUCGCCUCUGAGGUCCCCUGAGUCCAGGACUCCAUUUGAUUGCCCAUCGCUGAAAACCGAAACUUCAGGCAGCGAAGCUUCAAAGGCGGCCUCACUCCUUCCAAACGGGUUAGAGAAGGGCACGAAUGUUCAACAACAGUUGCAGCAAGGCCCAGAAGCCCAAGCAGAGCUGUGUCGUUUGACAGUUCAGAACAUAAAACAAGAACCAAGAGAAGUUCAGUGUGACGGAGCAGCAGAGGCCAGUCCUGGAGCCAUAAAGAGAGAGGCGGCGUGUGAGAUGGCUGCUUCAGAGAACAACACUUGCUCACUUACACCUGCAAACCCUGAAAGUCAAGGUCUCAGAUCAGAGACGGGACAGCAGCUUCUGCAAAAGCUCCUAAAAACCAAGAAUAUUCAGCUCACUGCUCCAAGGCCCUCCGAGGGCAUCCACAGCGAGAUCAACGGUCACAUCAACAGCAAACUGGCAAUGCUGGAGCAAAAACUCCAGGGGACUCCACGCAACAUGGAGGAUUUACAGUCUAUAACAAAAAGACCUCCUGUGCAAAAGCCUAAACGCACAAACAAGGCAAACGGAGUGCCCAUCUCCCGGAAGAAGAGCAAGAAAGACGAAGUCGGGAAAAGCGCUGAAACCCUAAUAAAACAGAUCAAACAGGGCCUCUCUUUACUGCCUUUGAUGGAGCCUUCAAUCACUGCCAGCCUGGAUGUGUUCGCCCCAUUUGGAAGCAGCCCGGCUAACGGCAAAGUCCAGCUCAAAGGAUCAUUUGGAAAUGCAGUGCUGGAGAACAUCCCAGACUACUAUUCUCAGUUGCUUACUAAGAGUAACCUGAGCAACCCUCCAACGCCCCCAUCUUCUCUGCCUCCUACUCCACCACCAUCCGUUCAACACAAGCUGCUGAACGGCGUGAUUCCAGGGGAGGAACUUUCUGAGGGCCAGAAAGACGCACAGAUGGCCAAAGAGCCUCUGGAAUCUGUUACAGGGGAGGUGAAGAGUGUGGAUAUCCUCGCAGCCCUGCCCACCCCACCGCACAACCACAGUGAAGACAUCAGGAUGGAGAGCGAUGAUGAAGAUGCUCCAGAGAGCAUCAUCCCGGCAUCGUCCCCCGAGAGUAACGUAGGAGAUGAAACGCCCCGUUUUCCUCACCUGCGAGAGCCUAAGGAGGAGGAAACCGACAGGGCAAUUUCUCCAAUUAUCCCCCUCAUACCCCGCACUGCCAUCCCAGCAUUUCCAGAGAAACAGACGGAUCCAGAUGGGAAGGCAGUUUCCACGUCCAACCACUGGGAGAAGACAUCAGGAAACGAAGUGUCUGUCACCUUUACAAUGUCCUCCGCUGCCGCCAAGAAACUAAACCAUGUGAUGAUGGCAAUGGCCCAGCUGCUCAACAUAAGGAUGCCGGGUUCCUAUGACAUCACCUUUCCCUCGCAAAACAGCGACUUGUCUGCAGUGGACGGCCCCGGAAAAGGAGCUGAGCCGUCAGGGGCGUUGUGCUCCAAGGAUGAUGCUGCAUCCAAUCAGGAUGAGUGGCUGAGGCAGUUUGAUGUUUCGUUACCGGGCUGCACUUUGAAGAAACAAGUGGACAUUUUGGCUCUCGUCAAACGGGAAUUCCAAGAUGCGGACGAAAAACCAGUUCAGCAUUGUUAUACAACCAAAGUAAACGAUUUGGACGUGCGCCACCUUCCUGUUAUUCCUGUGGAGGAAUCCCCGCCUCCAUCCCCUCUGCCUCCUCAACCUCCUCCAUCCUUACAAGCAAAGGACAGUGAAGCUGAGUCUUCCAAAACCGUGACACCUCCCUGCCCUGCAGUCCCGAGUCCCGUCACUAUCAAGACUAAGACUGACCCCGAUCAGGAAGUUGCUGCUUCUGGAGAAGACGCUAAGCCUGAGAAUCCCCCAGACGUCCCCGCUCAGGAGUUGGUUCCAGAACCAAUUGCACAUUCAGAUCCUGCUGCAUCUACUGAAGAUCUUCCAAGUCUCAGCAUCAAGGAGGAGGACUCUGUCAUGGAGUCCUCCCAGCCUCCUAAAGAUUCUCCCGUUAUCAUGGAGUCUUCCCCCAAGGCCGUUAAGCAGCAGAGGCCCCUCUCCCCCGAUGAAGAAAUGGUUCACCCCAAGCUGAAGAGGUGGAAGGGGAUCCGCUGGAAGCGCCUCCAGAUCGUCCUCUCAAUCCGAAAGGGUGGAUCAAAGAAGGAGAGCAGCCGAGAGGUGUCUGAGCUGAUGGAGCGCCUGCGCAUCACCCUCCGACCCGAGAGGCUGCCCCGGGACAAGCGCAAAUGUUGCUUCUGCCACGAGGAGGGCGACGGCGCCACGGACGGGCCGGCGCGGCUGCUGAACAUCGACGUGGAUCUGUGGGUGCAUCUCAACUGUGCUCUGUGGUCCACGGAAGUGUACGAGACUCAAGGAGGCGCCCUGAUCAACGUGGAGGUGGCUCUGCGGCGCGGCCUGCGGACUCUUUGUGCCUACUGCCAGAAAACCGGUGCCACCAACAGCUGCAAUCGGCUGCGCUGUCCAAACGUCUACCACUUUGCUUGUGCCAUCCGAGCGCGCUGCAUGUUCUUCAAGGACAAGACCAUGUUGUGCACGCAGCACAAACUGAAGGGCCCCAGUGAGGAUGAGCUCAGCACGUUUGCUGUUCUGCGCCGCGUUUACAUCGAGCGCGACGAGGUGAAGCAGAUCGCCAGCAUCCUGCAGAGGGGGGACCGGAUACACCUGUUCCGUGUGGGCGGACUCAUCUUCCACGCCGUCGGCCAGCUGCUGCCCUCCCAGAUGGCCAACUUCCACUCGGCCACCGCCAUCUUCCCCGUCGGCUACGAGGCCACGCGCAUCUACUGGAGCACGCGCGUUCCCAACAAGCGCUGCCGCUACCGCUGCCGCAUCAGCGAGGAUGAAGGCCACCCCCUGUUCGAGGUGCGCGUUCUGGAGCACGGCAUGGAGGAUUUGCACUAUCGAGACGCCUCUCCAGAUGGGAUCUGGGACCGGAUCGUGCAGCAGGUGGCUAAACUCCGUAGUGACUCCUCCAUGCUGAAGCUCUUCACUGAAAACCUGAAGGGAGAAGAGAUGUUCGGCCUUACUAUUCACGCUGUCAUGCGGAUCACUGAAUCUUUGCCAGGAGUGGAGAACUGCCAAAACUACCAGUUUCGAUACGGCCGGCAUCCUUUGAUGGAGCUCCCUCUCAUGAUAAAUCCCACCGGCUGCGCUCGCUCCGAGCCAAAGGUCUCCACGCAGUGCAAGAGGCCUCACACUCUGAACAGCACCAGUGUGUCAAAGGCCUACCAGAGCACCUUCACCGGCGAGCUCAACACGCCGUACAGCAAGCAGUUCGUUCACUCCAAGUCCUCCCAGUACCGGCGUCUGAAGACCGAGUGGAAGAACAACGUGUAUCUGGCUCGCUCCCGCAUUCAGGGCCUGGGCCUGUACGCCGCCAAGGAUCUGGAGAAGCAUACGAUGGUCAUCGAGUACAUCGGUACUGUCAUACGCAACGAGGUGGCCAAUCGGCGAGAGAAGAUCUACGAAUCUCAGAACCGGGGGAUCUACAUGUUCCGCAUCAACAACGAGCAGGUGAUCGACGCCACUCUCACAGGAGGUCCAGCUCGCUACGUCAACCACUCCUGUGCCCCCAACUGUGUGGCUGAGGUUGUAACAUUUGACAAAGAGGACAAGAUCAUCAUCAUUUCCAGCAGAAGGAUCCCCAAGGGCGAGGAGCUGACGUACGACUACCAGUUUGAUUUUGAGGACGAUCAGCACAAGAUCCCUUGCCACUGCGGCGCCUGGAACUGUCGGAAGUGGAUGAACUAACCGGCCGCCGGUACCGGGACAGUCCCGCGCCAAAGCCUUUGAAUCCUACAUAGCCAGUGAAUAAGCUGUUUUGAAAGAGGCGGAGGAGGCCUGUCCUCUGCUACUGAAGACUAAAGUGUUGACACCUGUAGCCAAAGGUUUGAAGAGCAUUAAUCAGUGAAACCAUCAAUAGCAGCUUGAUGGUGGGAUGAACUAGUUUUCUCAGCCAAACCCCCCUCCCUCCCUCCUCUGACUGUUUUUACUGUCGAUAAGCUUGCAGUGGUUGAACAACCAUUCUACCAAAUGAUCCCACCCUCUGACAUCUGCGUGUGUGCAGGGCUCGCCCGGAGCUUCGAAAAAAAAAAAAAAAAAAGCCAUGUUAAAAUACUAAGAAUGAACUAAGAGUGCAUUUUAAUGUUUGGAGUCGGACCUAUUUCCUGUCCUCCCCCCCUGCUUCCAUCACCUCCCAGAAAAAGCACUUUCCUUCAUUGACGACAACACAGAUAUUGGCUGGCAAGACAAUCUCGAUGGGGCUUUGUAUAAGAACUGUGUAUGAUAUGACAUAAAAAAGACAAAAGGUAAAAAUCAAAAAGGUAUUCAUCUGUGGCUUCAGAUGCUGGAGUCCUAAGGUGGGUUAGCUUAACCCGGUCUACCUCACUGAUGAGCGGGAAGUGACUGCUUUGUAUAAAAUCCUAACUGCUACUGUGGAAUUGCUCUGUAGGGGGCGGGAGUUUUUAUUUUUCAGUUUUUUUUUUUUGUUUUUUUUAAAACGGGCUUAGCCCUCUCGGACAAGCAGGGAAUCUAAAGCAGCAGGUUUGCUCUCUACUCUAUGCUGAGUUUGAUUUACAAUAAUGAGCCACAUAAUUAUUAUACAUGAAUUAUUUAUACAGAGGAAAUAUAUGACCGUUUUUGAUAAGAGAUUGCAUGAAAAUCACAAUCAGACGCAUCUUUUAUGCCAACAUCCUGGAUAUUUUUUCUUUUUUUUUUUUCUCAAAAUCAUACUGUGUGAAAGCACAAUAACAUUUAGCUUUCUUUAGAUCUAAACGGUUCAAAGAUGUAGUCUUUGAGGAGGAUUAUGAAGAAUAAAACCAACCAAGUACCCUUUAGAUGCUUGCUUUAUACAUUGUUGAAAUGGAGCCAGUGGAUGCACGACUACUGUCCCCAUGUGAUCCUUUUUAUUAUUAUUUCCCCUGAACAGAUCCGUCUUUUCCACAACCUUUGAUCAUGCAUCUUCCUCUGUAUUAUUUAACAGACUGUUGUUUCUCUUUACUGUAGUGAGUCUUCUGCCAGAGUCCAGCCUGCAGUGUUUCUACUGCUUCCCCUGUAGUGUGCUUUUCUUUUCUCUUUUUUUCUAGUAGUGCUGGUACUGUCUGAACAAGGCUGAGCUGGUGGCAGGUUAAGACUUUUUUGGAAAAUAAAAGGGCAUUUGUUUCAUUUCUGUGCAAAGACGACAAAAAAAAACAAAACAAAAAAAAAACCUCUUUAAAGGGAGCUUUACUCAGCCUCCGACCUCCCAUACUACUUUGAAUUCCUUCUUCCCCUAACCUACGACCUCACAUGAAUAAAAAUGCAAAGUUGUACAAACUGUAAAUAUAGUAUAUGCAUUAGGAGACUCAUUAUCCAACCUCACCCCCUUUGUAAUCAAAUUCAAAUAAUUGGAGGGAAACACCAACCAACCACUGGAUAUCAUUUUAACAGAACUGUACAUAAAUAUAAAUAUAUGUAAAAUGGCAAACUAAUAUCUUUAUGUAUAUGAACCAGAGUGUUUUUGCAUUUACCUGUUUUUCUAUUAGUGUUUUUUGCUAUAAGCUCUCAGAGAAAAGUUUGUUGAAAUAGAAAUGAGGAAAAAAUAUGACGAGACGCCAAGGGGAUUACCGGAUUUCUGCGGGGAGUUGUGGAUUAGACAUUAAAAAAAACAAAAAAAUAUAUAAAAAAAAUCACUUCUUGCAUAAAAAGCAGUACAAUGGUGCAUAGCAUUUGUAUUUAUGUAAUAUUGUUUUGUGUUUAUUUUUUGGUUUUAUUUAUGCUACUGCUUGUUGAUUACCAAAACGUUUCCCUGAAUCUGUCACAAUUGGAUAGUUGGAAAAAUCCCUACAAUAUCGUUAGUGGUUUGCUUUCUUGAUAUCUUCCCUAUAGAGGUGAAUGUGUUGGUAAACCUUGUGAAAUGGUUACUUGGCCUAAUAUAUGUUAUGAUGUAAUACUUCAAGUUAAUCCUAUACUUAACCUGGUAAUGAAUUGCACUCAUAUUAUUACAGAGAACUUCUCUAAAGUGGUAGAUAUUGAUGGAGUAUCCAAACCGGUGAUACUUCUAUAUUUUUUUGAUAAGUUUCUAUGUGGAGGGAAGACCGUGACAAGACCUUACGAUGCUCACUGGAUUUUAGCGUAAAUAAUUUAAAACGUCGCUGAAUCUUAAUUUAAGUUCUCUGCAUAUCUUCUAAUUUAAUAAAAAAGAGAAAAAAAGAGAAAAAGUUUUGCUCAAAUUGAAGGUUUUUUUUAACCUUAGCUUUUUAGAAAAGAUGUUGCAUCUGUACAGCAGAGAUACUUUUAGGGGAAAUGAAUAAAUAUGAUGACCAUUUUUAUUGUAUGUGGCAUGUUUUGUAAGAAUAUUCUUUCAAAUUGUACAGAUUUUUUUCAGGACUUCAGAGGUUGCAUCUCUUUAUAUACUGGUUUCCCGCUUUCCUUUCCCCUUCAUCUUAUUUGUCUGCUUUUGUUUCUCGGAAAGGAAAAUAAAAUGCAUUUUAAAUAUG